AUGUUUGAGAAUUAUUCAAAAUAUAUUAUUAUUCUAUGGAUAAUAAUUCAAUUAUUAAAGGUUAUAAAUUGCCAAAAGACGUUCAAGCCAUUAAAACGAUAUGGUCAUACUGCCACAAUCAUUGGGGAUAAAUUGUAUAUACUGGGUGGUCAAAAUGAUGAGAUAGCUAAUAGUGGAGUUGGAAGUGAAUUCUUUUACCUUGAUAUUUCCGUACCAUUUAAUGUUCAAGAUAUAUUAUGGCAUGAUUUAACAAUCGGUAAUAUAGUCCCUACACAUUUUGCCGCCGCAUCCGGUAAAGGUGGUGCAAAUAAUAAUAGUUUGAUUUUAUAUGGAGGAAUUCAAUCUAAAAAUGUAGAAAUGGCUUUGGUUUAUAUGUAUGAUACUCAAAAGAACACAUGGAACGUCCCGAUCACAACCGGUAACAAUGUUACUAGAAAAGCUAGCCUAAAAGGCGUCGUCAAUUUUAGUGCGAAAAUGUUCUUAUUCGGUGGACGCAGUGAUAAACUUCUUUUAAAUGAUAUGCUCAUCUUGGAUACAAUAAAUUAUAAUUUGGCAACAGGAAGCAUAACUGAUGGACCUUCUCCAAGAAGUUCUUAUGGUGGAACUUUAUUGACAAAUCAUUUUAUUAUUUAUUUUGGCGGCACUUUUACCACAUCUGGUGUUGAUGGGGUGUCCUUAUCAUUAAAGGAGAUCUACCUAUAUGACAUAGUUCAUGAUGAUUGGAUUUCAAAGGUUACUACGGGUACAAUACCUUCAGAUAGAGAAUCCUUUUCUGUGGUAUUAGGAUUGGAUGGACAGCAGUUAAUAAUUUUUGGGGGGAUUAGUAAUUUUAAUGAUCUGAAACCACAAGACGCAAUUUAUAUGUUAGAUUUAGUAAAUUUUGAAUGGAAAGUUCCAAAGGUUUCUGGAAAUAUUCCAAGUUCCAGGUAUUGGCAUCAAGCGAAUGUGAUUGGAAAAUAUAUGGUCGUAACAUUUGGAUUUGGUUAUGAUAUUACAGUUGAUAAUGAUGUUUUACUGCUAGACAUUAGUAAUAAGGAUGAAUUAAUAUGGACAAAUAUUUAUGAUCCCACAGCUUUAUUAUUUUCAAAUUCAUCAUCAACCGUACCAACAAUAACAGUAGGAGGUACAGCUUUUAUACCAUUAUCAAUGCCGGUUGUAAUCGGGAUAGCUAUAGGAACAUCUGUUUUGGAUAUGACUCCUCAAAGCAGUAAUCUUAGUAAUUAUGGACAAGGUAUGGUCGCUUACCCUCAAAUCCCUGUCAAUAAUAUGUAUUACCAAGAACAACAAAUUCAAAUACCCGACACCGCUUACUUUUAUGGACAGCAAAUGAUUCCAAUGCAUGACGAGAUAAUAGCAACUUCAAGUGGUGAUAACCAAAUGUCUUCAGCGCAAAAUAUUGAUAAUGUUUUAGAAAAUUUUAAACAUGAUAUAAUUCAGGUAGUUAGACAAGAAAUCAAGCAUAAUAGAAAGUAG